AUGACAAUUACAUACGAAAACUUCCAGAACUCAGGAAUCGAGGAGAAAAACCCAGAGAUUGGAAAAGCGGCUCCCCCCAAGUCCUUCCUGUGGGAUAUCUUCUCUUGGACCCGCCUCCUCCUGUUCUCCCUGGGCCUCGGCCUCCUGCUGCUGGUGGUUGUCUCCGUGAUUGGAUCCCAAAAUUCCCAGUUAAGGAGGGACCUAGGCACCCUAAAAGCCACUUCAGACAAUGUCACGUCCAACACAAAGGAUGAACUGCAGGCCCUGAUCUCCAGGGGUGACAGCUUGCAAGAGAAGAUUAACUCUCUGAAAGUGGAGGUAGAUGACCACAGGCAAGAACUGCUGGCAGGACGAGGCUUGAGCCAGAACAUUUCUUCUCUGGAGAGCACAGUGGAGAAAAAGGAACAGCAAUUCAAAACAGGUCUAUCUGAAAUAACGGAGCGUGUCCAAGAGCUGGGGAAGGACCUGAAGGCCCUGUCAUGCCAGCUGGCCAGCCUCAAGAACAAUGGCUCUGCAAUGGCCUGCUGCCCUCUUCACUGGGUGGAGCAUGAAGACAGCUGCUACUGGUUCUCUCAAUCUGGGAAGUCAUGGCCUGAUGCUGACAAAUACUGUCAGCUGGAGAAUGCUCACCUGGUGGUGGUCAACUCCAUGGCGGAGCAGAAUUUUCUACAGGGUCGAUUAUCCAACAUGAUCACUUGGAUGGGCCUAACGGACCAAAACGGGCCCUGGCAGUGGGUGGACGGAACUGAUUUUGAGAAAGGCUUUAAGCACUGGGCCCCAGAGCAGCCGGAUAACUGGUAUGGGCACGGGCUUGGAGGAGGAGAGGACUGUGCCCACAUCACCUCUGAUGGACGCUGGAAUGAUGACGUCUGCCACUGGGUCUGUGAGACAAAGCUGGCCAAGGAUAGUUAG